UCUUUUAAACAAGUGAGUGAGAGGGAGCUUCAGACCCAUGACGAUUAAAACCCACACAAACACACAUUCACACACACACGUUCACACUCACACCCACUCGGGUCGACCUGCCACUACCAUAAUACCUUAAUUUGAGGAAAUCAAUGCUUCUUUUUUGACGAUGGAAACCACAGUGUGUGUAUCAUCUGGUGCCUCUCCCUUGUGAACACACGCAAGGACACGAUUUUUCCGAGAUUAUUUUUAUAGAACAAACCCAGGUGCUUUUAAAAUGAUGUCAGGGAUGUCGGAGGUAAAGAAGAAGUGGGCAGCAGUUAGGGGGCGCCUGGGCUCAUCGCAGGACUCAGACACCCAACAGGAAGCCAACUUGGAAAAUGCUGAUCCCGAGCUCUGUAUCAGACUACUCCAGGUUCCCACUGUGGUCAACUAUUCUGGCCUGAAGCGGCGCCUGGACGGAAGCGACCGGACAUGGAUGGUCCAAUUCCUGGAGCUGAGUGGGCUGGAUCUCCUUUUGGAGGCCCUGGACCGCCUUUCGGGCCGAGGUUGCUCCCGUAUAUCAGAUGCCCUCCUUCAGCUCACCUGCGUCAACUGCGUCCGUGCUGUCAUGAACUCUUCAGCCGGGAUCCACUUCAUCAUUGAGAAUGAGGGAUACAUCCGGAAGCUCUCCCAAGCCUUGGACACCUCCAACACGAUGGUGAAGAAGCAGGUGUUUGAGCUACUUGCAGCCCUCAGCAUGUUCUCAACAGAUGGUCAUCACCUUGCUCUGGAUGCUCUGGACCACUACAAGGGUGUGAAGACGCAUCAUUAUCGCUUCAGCGUGAUCAUGAACGAGCUUCAGGCCACCGACAACGUUCCUUACAUGGUCACGCUCCUCAGUGUCAUCAACGCCCUCAUUUUCGGCUCCGACGACCUGAGGCAGAGAGAUAAGAUGAGAAAGGAGUUUAUCGGGCUUCAGGUUCUUGAUAUUCUACCAAAAUUAAGAGAACAGGAGGAUGAAGACUUGAUUAUUCAAUGUGAAGCUUUUGAAGAGGCAAUGGCUGAAGAUGAGGAGGAGCUCUUGCGACUGUACGGCGGGAUUGAUAUGAGUAAUCACCUGGAGGUAUUCACAACUCUCUUCAACAAGGUGAGCAGCUCCCCCGCUUCACUGCAGCUGCUGUCCAUCCUGCAGACGCUGCUCCUGCUGGGGCCAAGCCGUUCGGAUAUCUGGCUGGCUCUCGAGGCCAUCACUAACCGAGCCAUACUGUUGGCCCAGGACUCUCAGAUAGGGUCAUUUGAGAAGAUCAUGGAACGUCUGGUGUUUUUCAAGACCAAGUCGUCUGAGGGCGAUCAAGAAUUGGAUGGCCAGCCUGCCAGAGUGGACAAGGCUUCGCAGACUAGUCAGAAAGAGCAAAACCAGCUGGAGAAAUGCUCAGCAUCACCUCAGAAGCCACUCUUUGCCUCUCCCCCUCCACCACCACCACCACCACUUCCUCCCAAUAUGACAGGGCCCCAAGGUCCUGUUCAGUGCCCACCUCCUCCACCUCCCCCACCUCCACUCCCUGGUGGAUUUGGUGGACCUCCACCACCGCCUCCUUUACCUGGAAUGAGACUUCCACCACCACCACCGCCACUACCUUCUGGUCCUGGCAUGGCCCCCCCACCGCCUCCACCCCCUCUGCCAGGUAUGAACAGUGGACCGCCGCCGCCACCCGCCUUACCUGGCGUGCCACCUCCACCUCCCCCACCGGGCAUGAUCGUGGCUCAGAGCAGUUAUGCCCUGGGGUGCGCCACACCCGCAAAGGUGAACCGAUGUCCUACUCUGAGGAUGAAAAAGCUCAACUGGCAGAAACUGAGGUCUGUUACUGAUGGUCCCUCCAUGUGGGCUUCAGUUCAGAAAGAGACUUCUCCUCAUGAGCCGGACUAUAGCAGUAUUGAGCAGCUGUUCUGUCUCCCGGUGACCGAGCACAAAGACAAGGGGGCAGCUGCUCCUGUCAAGAAGGAGCCGAAAGAGAUUUCUUUCAUUGAUCCCAAGAAAAACCUGAAUAUUAACAUAUUCCUGAAGCAGUUCAAAUGCUCAAACGAGGACUUUGUGAUGAUGAUUCAGAAAGGUGACAGAACCAGGUUUGAUGUGGAGGUGCUAAAACAGCUCCUGAAGCUUCUGCCAGAGAAGCAUGAGAUUGAAAACUUGAAGUCCUUCCAAGGAGAAAAGGAAAAGCUGGCAAAUGUUGACCGUUUCUUCACAUUGCUCCUCACUGUCGAAUGUUAUCAGCUGAGGAUUGAGUGCAUGUUAUUGUGCGAGGAGACGACAUCAGUGUUGGACAUGCUCCAGCCGAAAGUCAAGCUGCUGGAGGAGGCCUGUGACUCUCUCAGGACAAGCACGCUCAUUCCUUCUUUCUGCAAGCUCAUCCUUGACGUGGGGAAUUUUCUCAAUUAUGGAAGCCAUACAGGAAAUGCCGAGGGAUUCAAAAUCAGCUCUCUUCUCAAACUCACGGAGACGAAAGCCAACAAGAGCCGCAUCACGCUGCUCCAUCACAUCUUGGAGGAAGCAGAAGAAAACCACCCGGAACUGUUGGCAUUGCCAGAGGACAUUGAAAUCUGCCAAAAGGCUGCAGGAAUGAAUGUGGUUUCUGUCCAAUCCGAAGCCAACAACUUACUCAAAAGACUGAAUGAGGCGUCAAAGAAAGUCUCCAACUCUGUUGAAGAUGUGAAGGAGCAAUAUGCAAAGCUUCUUGAGGAAAAUCUGGAGGCAUGUCGAGCUUUGACUGAAAGAUUUGCGGACAUUGACAAGAAGAGGAGUGACCUCGCCGUCUACUUUUGUGAAGAUGCCAAUAAACUGUCGCUAGAAGAGCUUUUCGGAACAAUCAAGACUUUCCGGGAACUUUUCAUCAAGGCGCUGAAGGACAAUAAGACCAGGAAAGAGCAGGCAGCCAAAGCUGAGAAGAGAAAGAAGCAGCUGGCAGAGGAAGAGUCCAAGAGACAGAAGGGAGAGAAUGGAAAAAUAAUCAAGAAAGGCUAUGUGCCGCAGGACGACGGCUGCAUAAUCGACCACCUGCUUGCAGACAUCAGGAAGGGUUUCACCCUAAGAAAGACCAGGCCAAGGUGCGAUUCGGAAAGCCUCCCUCGUAGUGAAAAGAGUAGGGAUACCUGCCCACCCGGGUCAAGUGUGAAUUCUGCAGGCGAAAAAUCCGCAGAAGUGGCCUCUUCCGCUUCCGCUCCCACCACGCUUCCAGCAGAAGCUCACCGAGCCAGCACCCGCGAGGUGAACGGCUUCAUCAGCUCACCGGACGAGACUCCUUCGACGCCUCAGGAUGCGGUGCAAGCGGCAGCCUCACCCCAACCAACUCCAGGGGAAUCGGCCUCGAUUGCGCCGGCGCCCCAGGAAAGGCCGACAUCGCAACAGGAGGAGCAUACCGCAACAGCACCCCAAACUAACCUCGAGGUGGAACCCCAGCCAUGUCACUGCACAGAUGGUCUUUCUGUAGAUUCACCUGAAACCAGUGCGCUCAGCCCAUCCUCGCUAUCAGACUGCGACCCGAUAGAGGCUGUGGCGGAUGAAGCUUCGAGCCCGCUACCUGAGAAGUUAACAGCCAAGGAGCCGGCAGACAUUAGUGUGAAUGUUCAACUGGCCGAAAACACUGACGCUAGUGAAAGGAAUCCAAAGGCAGAAGAGGACAGUCAAAUUACGAAUAAGAUUUGUUUACAAGAGGCUGAAGGACAAGCGGCAGGUCGAGAUUUGUGUGCUGUGAAAUCAUCUGGGCAGGACGUGGUCGUGAGCUGCACGCACGCAGACCCCAAAUGCACCAAGACUCAUAUGGAGAGCAUCUUGGUGAGCGACGGCCAAGUUGGAGUCGAAUCUGAAGAUGCGCCGUCAGUGUCUGAAGAUAUAACUUCCUCGGCAAACCCCGAACCAAAGAAACAGCCAAGCUUCUUUAAGCGCAACAAAAAGAAGAAUCCAGGUAAAGUAUCUACCUUAAAUAAAACGCUUUGGAAUGCCAGCCUUGUGAAAUGUCUUCAAGGAAGAUUUUUUUGCUUUAUUUUUAUUGCACUCUGCUUUCUAUAUGAUUUUAGUACUUCAUUGUGAGAAUUUACCAAUCUGUGCCUCUCUUAAUUAAAGACAACGGAUGCAGAUUUUGAUUUGAAGUCUUAAUGCUUGUUUGCCAAUGGACAGUUUGUUUGAAUGCUGUUUUCCGUUCUUACUCUCUAAAACACAAGGUAACAGUGGGAAAGGACACACUAAACCUAAAAAGGGCUGUGUGUUGCAGUGAGGUCGGUCAAGCGGUAGGAUGGCAAACAGUAAGCAAGGAACAUCAUCCUAAUAAACUCAGUCACCGUCCAAACUUUGUGGCAAAUAACACCAUUUGUUGGUCUAACUGGGAUCUGGAUUCCAUUUGUCUGUGUUGUCCAGCUUUUAACACUUCUCUUUCAAUGAUGCGGUCAUUGAUAAGUCCCAACAAGUGCUUCAAAAAAAUAUUGGAGUUGUUUAAUUUACUCAAAAGAAAAAACAAUGUAUAUAUCUAGAAUUGCAGUCAUUUUUUUCUCAUUCCAGUCCGUCUUGUGAAUGAAUUUGUCAUGGCAGCCUUCACUCUUGUGUCAUCCAUAUUUUCCCGUCCAUUCCUUAAUUCUGCUCCUGGGGUUGUUUUUAAUCUACUAAUGAGUCUCAUGUGCUUCCUGUAAACUGCUCUCUCUAUUAUUUAAAUAGUUCAUCUGCAUUACAGUUAAUUACCUAAAUAAAUACAUUUCUCGAGCAAUUCUCAUGAUCAAUCAUGAGAAUUGCUUUUAAAUGUAAAAGUGUACUUAUUUACUCUUAUUUCCCUCCUUUACUAGAUUCCAAAAAAAGGAGAUCAAGAGGAAAAAGAAAAAGUUGAUGUCACCGCAGAUGUGAACUGGCAAGACUCCAGUAUACUGAGAAUUUUAUUUUUGUGAGAUUACAGAAGAUUGUUUCUUAGACCAAGACCUUAUCAACUCAACCCAAACUGUGAUUUGCACAGCCUUUUGGAACUAAACAUGUCCCUUUAUGUAAAUUGUAUUUGACUGUAACCUCUUCGAAAAAUUGGACAAUGCUUUAUAUGUUUAGUUUUUGUAAUGUAAAAGUGGAUGUGUGUGCGUUUAACAUUUUGAGAUGGUAAUAUAAAGAAAAAAUGCAGGAAAUAUUUAAACGUGUAUCGUAUAAAUCACUCUUAAGGAUACUGUAUUGUAACUUUUAACGCUUAAUCUGCUUUAAUAAAAGUACAUUGCCAA